AUGGGCAUACUUAGCGGUGUGCACGUCGAAUACGAUCCGGACGAUGUGGACUCCUUGAAUGCCGGAGCACAUUCGCGUUCCGUGGCAUCUCAAUUAAAAGUGGACAAUGCGAAUCGGUUGCGGCUGUGGAAUGAGCUUCUCUCAAUCCUACUUUCCUUGGACAACCGCGAAUGCACCGACUUUUUCUCGCGAUCAAUAGGCACCAAACUACUUUGA